AUGGGCAUUGACUCUUCAACAAGUACUGCUAAUUCAUAUAGUCAUGAUUUUUUACCUCCAGAUAUCGAUGAUCCACCGGAGGAUAUACCGUUAGUUUCCAUUGAAGAUAAGUAUCAAUUGAUUGAAGAAAUUGGUAGUGGCUCAUUUGGUACUGUUUCAUUUGCAAAGGCAAAAUAUAAUCUUUUAGAGGUACAAAGUGUGAAUUGCAAAAAAAAUACUUUAUUAAAUCCAAUUGGCUUAGAAUAUGAUAAUUUUAAUAAUAAAUUAAAAGGCUAUGUUGCAAUUAAAACAAUGAUAAAUAAAUUAUCAACAUUAAAUGAAUAUUCAAAGAUAAGAGAAAUUAAAUUCAUCUUAGCAAUUCCAUCAAGUAAAUAUUUAUUACAAAUAUUUGAAAUUUUCAUUGAUAAUAAAAACUUCAAUUUACAUAUCGUAAUGGAAAUAAUGGAACAGAAUUUAUAUCAAAUGAUGAAAAAUAGAAAGAAAAGAAUUUUUUCAAUACCAUCAUUAAAAUCAAUUUUAUCUCAAAUUUUAGCUGGAAUUAAAUUUAUUCAUGAAAAUAAUUUUUUCCAUAGAGAUUUAAAACCAGAAAAUAUUUUAAUUUCACAGACAAAUAAAUUUUACAAUAAAUUUUAUAUUCAAAAUGAGAAUAUUAAAGAUAAUUAUGUCGUUAAAUUAGCUGAUUUCGGUCUUUCCCGUCAUAUUAAUAAUCGUUCUCCAUAUACUGCAUAUGUUUCAACUCGUUGGUAUAGAUCUCCAGAGAUUUUGCUACGUAGUGGAUUUUAUUCGAAACCAUUAGAUAUUUGGGCAUUUGGUUGCGUCGCAAUUGAAGUGACACUGUUUAAACCGAUUUUUCCCGGCGCAAAUGAAAUGGAUCAAAUUUGGAAAAUCCUAAAACUAUUAGGCACGCCUCAUAAGACAAAAGAAAGUUUUAGAACUGGUUACCAACCACAUGGAGGUUUCUGGGAAGUUUCGAAAGAUUUAGCUAAUAAUUUAAACUUACAAUUUCCUUAUGUCGAAGGUUAUUCAAUUGCAUCAAUUAUCGGGAGUUCACAAUUAAAUGAUUUAACACAAGUUAUUGAAAAAUGUCUAAGAUGGAACCCGAAUUUGAGACCCACUGCUGACGAAUUAUGUAAAUUAGAUUUCUUUAGAAAUACAGUGGUAAAUGAAGAAUAUAUUAAAAACAAGAAUUUGAAGAAACAAAUGUUUGGAAAUAAAUUACCCCAUGAUAAUUCUGGUGAUGUUGAUCAACAUAUUCAAAAUGAUUCAAAGAUAAAAAAAUUGAAGACAAACUUAGAACAAGCCAUGAUAUUUGCUGGAAUGAAGGUAAAUGAUAGUCCCUUAAAACCCUUAGUUUUUAAUGAAGAAGAAAAUAAUAACCAUAUGGAUAUACCCAAAAGGAACCAAAAAUUAUCAAAAGCUUUUUCACAGAAAGAAUUAUUUUCCAAUUCAAAUCAUAAUAAAAUCAAGGCCUUUAAUAGUAAGGCCUUUAAAAAUGAAAUCAAACCACUGCAUAGCUUAUUAGAAGAUUUGGUCAUGUCUAAUCGUGAUACUGAGAAUACUGGCACAAGUAACAAGUUAAAGAGAUUCCCAUCUAAAUCUAAAUCACAAAUCAACUCAUUAAAGAAUAGUAAUUAUGAUGUCGAUAUCUCGAAUCUCUUAAAUGAAUACAUUGAUAAUAAUGAUGAAGAUAUCAUCGACAAUGUCAAUAAAGUAUUAGCAUUACAUCAAUUUCCAGAUCAUUUUAACUUUAAUGACAAUGAUAUUGAUUUUCAAAAUAACCUUGAUCUUUACAAUGGAAGUAACGAAAAAGAUUCAAAUUAUCUUUCAAAUAAGAUAGAAUAUUUAAGUGAAAUCAAUAAAGAUGAUAAUAUUGAUGAAUUUUACGAUUGUUGUAAUGACAAUUUUUUACAAGGUAGAUUAGAAAAAUCUAACACUUGUGCUACUAUCGAUGCUAAUGAAUUAGAUGACGAUGAUGAAAUUUUUAUUGAAGAAAGUUUUUUCAAUGAUGGUAAAUAUAAAACUAAUCAUAAUGAAGUUGAUGAUGUGUAUUUGUUAUCACAAACACACCCGAAUAUAGCAGAGCAUAAUAAUCUCAACAAUUUUGACACUGAUAUGAAUAAUUACAGUCAUUUUAAAUAUAACUCAAUUGACGACAUAAAUAAAAACUCUACACCUGUCGUCAUUCCGGUCAACUGUUUAAUAAAUAAUAUGUCUAUCGACGAUGAUAGAUCUAAAACUGACUACGACAACUCAUUCAACAAUAACAUACCUAGAAGCUUUACAUUCACAAACUUAACCCGCGAAACAAAGCAAGAUAGGCAGUCUCAUGACAAUAACCAUUUUGCAUACAAUGAGUUUUUUCAAAAUACAGAUCCGAAUACUACUACAUGUGGAUUUCAACAUCAUAAUAACAUCAAUUUAAGUUUUUAG